AUGUUCAAAUUUAUUGCUCUCCUUGCAUCGGUCGCCAUCGCCGUAUCCAGCGCUGCUCCCACGAAGCACGAAAGUAUACAAUGCAAGCCUGUCGGCGAGCCGCUCAAGCUCUUCAGCACGGGAUAUGAUAGCAGCACAACGUUCAAGAUUGCAGAUGCGCCAGUGAAGGGCGAAAAGUACCCGAGACUUGUGCCUGUCGAUUCAACUUCUGAUACGUUCCAGCGAUACAAUUGCACGUAUCCUGGUGGCAAGCUUAGCCGCUAUCAUUACGAUCCGGACUUUUCAGAUGAUUUCUAUGGUCAGCUGCGCAGCACUAGUAAGAAGGACUUUUGCGUUACGGCUGGAUGUUCUUGGACGCACAAGGACUCCCCUGCCUGGGUAGCAGCCCAGCAUAAAGCGUCGUGUGAGUUUGACGAUAAACAUUGUACUCCAGAGGUCUGUGCGGCCAAGCUCGAACCUUGCGCCACAGAGGCGUCUGACAGGUUGCGUCGUCAGUGGUUCGACUUCUUUACAUUCGAAAAGGACAGUGUUCCCCGAAUGCAACUGCUAGGAAACGAAUUGGAUGAACAGGCACAAGUUCUUCCAUUUACGAAGAGUUACGCUGUCUUUGGCCCUGCAAUGGGCAAGCACUGGUAUUCGGAGGCACAUCCUUACUUGGGCAAGAAAGAGUACGAAGGCUUUAAGCACAAGUAA